UGAUCCUGUCUGAUGACGUGAUCCUGAUACGACCUUCUUGCAAGUAAUAUCCUCCACAGCAGUCGCGAAAUGUACAUUAUCUUUUCAAAACUUGAAAAGCAGUCUAAUGGUGGAAGUGAAACAACUUUGUAAAAAACAAUUUUAUUCUAUUAUUUGUAGGAAGAAUAAAACAAAAUAACCAAAAAAAAAUGCUGCUCAAAGGGGGGGUUGCAACCCCAUCAACCCCUCCCCUGGAUCCGCCUCUGAAUAAGAGCAUUCAACAUCCAGCUAUUCCCCAACCCUCUAGACAUUCCAUGUUAGCUUACAUACACUAGAUAGACAAAUUCUAUUAUUCUUGCUGACCAAAAGAAUCUGGGGCUCCAUUCCCGGCUUUAACCGGGAAACAGUGUCGCAAAAAGUGCCUUCCCUUUGUCUCUUACUUUUGUCUAGAUCUGGAAACGUUGCAUAGCCAAGGAGAAGAUUUUAUUUCCUGGCAACAUGGGUCAACUUUGUACCUCGCUAUGUCUUUGCUUGGCAGUGCAGGAAUCAAACGCUAUGGGACAGUGAACUUGGAGCAUAAUGCGGCGGGAUGCAGAUAGCGCUGUGGAGGACGCUUGUACUCUUAGCAACGACAGCAAUCAUCUAAACUUGGAUGUACAAGGACACUGAAGGGAAAUGGUACGAAUCAAUAAUGAACCCUGAUCAGCUGUUUAAAUCAAGCAGGAAUAAUGCACUGGACAGUAGGUUCUCGGCGUCAAUACCCACCAAAGUGCAUCACUUGUAUUCCUCUUCUAAGGCGCCAUUUGUCAACAACGGCGUCGAUCUUUUAAGUCUAACAGAUACAAACUUAGAGGAUGAAUUUGGCCAAUCCUAUAGUAGCAUAGGCCUAGAAGUGAGGACUCUGAGGAAGGCUCUCAAUUUACCAGUAGAUACCUUACCAAAGACUUGUGGUCUGACAUCAAACCAUUGGCCAAAUGAGCAUGCAAGCAGGACAAGCCAGAUGUUCCUUACUGAUAGUGGGUACUCAUCAAAAACGAAUCCUCAAAGUGAUGAGGCAGUGCAAAGUGUUACAGCAUCAAGAAAUGGUAAUGCUGCCAAUUAUUCAGCUGCCUUGGGAUUAGAAAGUCCUUUUGAUGUAAAAUCUAGCCCUGUGAGUAUGGAGUUAAACUCCAAGGAACAUCACCAGAAUUCUUCAAAGAUGUAUGAAAGGAGUCUAAAAAGUUCCCUUGAUGAGAGUGAAACUAAACGAAUGUUGCUGUUGGAAAAACUCAGAGAAGCUCACCUGGCAAUACAGAACCAAGCAGAAAAACUGGCAGCAACUGAGAGUGAGAUCUGCUUCUUGCGGGGACAGCUGAAGAGCAUGGGUAUAGAACUGGAGGGACUGCAGCAAGAGCUCGAUAGUUUGACAAUGGAAAAGAAGCGCCUUGAAGUUUUUAAAUCAGAAAAUUUAAAGAAUCGUGAAGCAAUCCUAAUAAGGGUGGAUGAUUUGGAUAAGGAGUUAAAAGUUCUAACUGCAACACACAAUGCCUUGAAACUUGAGGCAUCAAAGAAGGGAGCUACAUUAGAGGAAACAACGUUUUAUCUGACUACUCUUAAACAGGACAAUGACAAACUUCAGGAGGUUAACAAUGGUCUUGAGAAAGAGUUAUCUUCUCUAAGGGACAUUGUAUACCAACAUAGCAAGUCCAAUACGAAGACAGAGUUACUAAAUAAGGACUAUAAGAAAAUUCUUCAAGAAAAUGCAGUUAUUAAACAUCAGUUGUCAGAAGGUGUUAAAGCCACUGAAGAGUUAAAGAGGAAACAGGAUGAAAUGGGUCAAGAAAUUAUACAACUGAGAAUGGAGCGAGACAUCCAGUAUGGGAAAGUGAGUGUUCUGGAAGAGGAAAUCCUUCAUCGACAGCGGAACUACAACAACCUUGUAAACGAACAGGAAAGGUUACUGAAAGAAAAAGCAGAGCAGGACCAUAGGCUACAAAGGGAAAUUCAGGAUAGACUUUGCCUGAAAAUGGUUAACGAUCUCCUUAGAGAAGAGUCAUCAAAUGUUAAGGAAGCAUUUCAGAAGCUUGAAGAGUUCACUAAUUCUGUGGAGCAAAGAUCAAAAGAUAUGAGCCUGGAACUGGAUCAGUGUAGACCUGAAAACCCAACAGGCAACAUUGAAGAGGUGGUAAAUGAGAAAAGUCAGAAUGGAAGGCUUCUGUUGAAGAUUGAAAGUGCUGAAAGCCAUUGUGAAAACUUAAGAAGCCAAGUUGCAUCUCUCCAAGAAACCAACAGAAUAUUGAACAAGGAAACAGAAGAAAAAGAGAAACAACUACAGUUGAUGAAGAUGCGAGAAGAGACGUUAACUAAACUGCAAGUGUCCAAGUGUAAAGAGCUAAAAACAGAAAAUGAAACCUUGAAACACAGUUUAACCAUGAUCAGUAAAAAGAAUGAGGAACUUCAGAAACAGCUGGAGCAUCAAAAAGAAGAAAUGGAGCUGCUUAAGAAUCAGUUGAAAGAUUUAUCAGCUUCAGCUGCUGAAAGUAACGGUGAUCAAAGUGCUAGCAUUCAUUUCUUGCAAGAGGAGGUGGACAAAAUUAAGGAAACUGUAACAAGGUUAGAAUCUGAGAAAACUGUACUGAUAUCUGAACUGAACAAGCUGUGCAAAGAAAAGGAAGUGUGGGCUAUCCAACGGAGUGAACUGGAAAUGACACAAGCAGAGCUCAGUUCAGAAAACACUCAACUUAGAAGUGAAUUAAACAGCAAGCUUGCUGUGAAAAAUACAGAAAAUCAGAGCAUAGCCAGUGUCAAAAAGAAACUGGAACUAGAGAAAGAAGAGGCAGUAAAGAAGGUCAAGGACGAAAUGAAGGAACCUUUUGAUGAAGUUUGUCUUGAACUGAAGACUGUCAAGUCAGAACUCAGUAAAGUAUGGGACAUGCUUGAAAUCAAGGAGAAAGAGCUUGAGGAGCAGUCACAGGAGUUACAGCAUGAACGUGAACAGUCACAGACAUGGGCUGAGGAGUUAAUGAAGUUACGCAAAGAUUAUGCCGACCUCACUGCAAACACAUCUAGCAGAAGCCAAAUGAUUUCCACUCUUAGAGAUGAGUUAACACAGAGGUGCGACGAGAUCAUUGAGCUUGAAGCUGCACUUUCCUCUUUAAACCAGCAGAAAUGUAACUCCCUGAAGACAUCAACAGUCAAGAACAAAACCCACGAGCUAAAAAGAAGGAGCUCUGAUGGCGAUAUUAACAAGAUUCGCGAGUAUCCAGGAAAUUCCCACUCAAAGUGUAGUGAGGUCAGCAAGCUGACGGCUAGAAAUGCUCAUCUUAGUAGAAGAGUGGAUGAGUUAACAGUCGAGAGGGACUCGGCUCUACAAGACUCCCAAGACCUACUGAGUGGAAUGCAGCAACUGAGGGAGGCCUUUGAAGAAGAGAUUGAGAGAGAGCUGGAAAGGGAAAGAACCAAGUUUGAAAAGGAAAACCAUUUGUUACAAGCGCAGAGUGGAGAUGGUCAACAAUUGUCUGGAGCAAAGCCCAAACUCGAAAUGGAAGUCACCCGAUUAACAGCUCAGAAGGUUGCACUUGAAGUUAAAAGUAAAAAUCUGGAAUGUGAACGAGAUGAACUUCGUAACCAGGUGGAAGAGCUGUGUAGAAUGAGGACAGCAGCUGAAGAAAAAGCUGUACAGGUUGAUUCGGCUUUGAGUCCAAGGAGAAGAGAAAACAAAACGUCUUUGCGAAUGAGGAGCAAGAGUGUUGGUAUGAUGUCACCUUCUAUCCAAGAGAUGCCCAAUAGAUUGUUUCAACGUGUCUAAGGAGAGGUCAAGUGAAUGUUACCAUUGGCAUGCGCAAUUCUAAAUCUCCGCUAAGAACUAAGUUCACUGACAGAUGCGCAGCUGAAAACAUGACUGGAAGGCUGUCAGCAUCAACACCGAGACAUUAGAGAGUCCAGUAAGCCGCCUGAGCUGAUAAAUACGGUAAAUACUGGUUAGGAUCAACCCUCAAACACCUAGCAGCUGAUAUUUUCCUUAUAUUUGCUUCUUGUUUUUGACAUUUCUCUCGAUUUUAGAUCUAAGAAUUUUGUUGAGGCAAUAUUACCAAUUCUUUUCUUCAUUCCCUUAGCUUUGCUGCUCACCGUUUUUUUGAUAUCUUCUAGAGAAACAUGAUGUCCCAGUUAUUCGGUUCAGAAGCAAAGGAUAAUUCAAAACCAGAGGGGUGACUGACCAGUUGUAUACAGCGAUCUUCGACAUCUUAACUUUCGCAAACCAGCUAUGUCGCUUAAAAUACGUUAUCAGAAUUCUUAAGAUUCCCCGUGUGAUGAACUGUUUCCUUUACCUUAACCCUUGAGCCUGAUGUUGCAAAUUCGUAUAGUAAUUUGAAACUCGCUGAUACAUUGACCAAUGCGCUUCUAAUGUUGCAGUUCAAUGAUUAAGGAAGUAGAACCAAAGAACUUUUACGGGUACUUAAACCGCAUUGUUUUCGUAAAUAGUGUUCGUAAUAUACUUGACUGGUAAAGUUAAUUCUAUGAAUCUAUAUAUUAAAGUGCACCUAACCUCCAAUUUUUUUUCCGCUAAAACAAACCUACUUGUAAUUUGAAAUACUCCUGUGAGUUUUGAAUUCGAUUAAAUCCUCGAUUUUUUGUGCUCCGACGAAAUCUCAAAAUCAUGGAGGCAAGGUGCACUUAGCUUUACUGCAAAUUACCGACGAUAGCCGACAUUUUAUGCUACUCCAAGCUGGGUCACAACCUUGUUUAAGCCUUCCUUCUUAGUUCUUAUUACAGAAAUUUAAACCUUCUAGGAAAGUAUGGGAAAU